AUGAAUUAAAGAAUUUUUGAUAAUACUAAAUCAGCAUCGAAGCGACUAAAAAGCCCAAGAAUUUUCAAAACUGAAGGGAAUCAUUUGUAAUAAAAGAGAGAAAACAAAAGUAUAGGUGAUAACUAAUCUAAAUUAAAAUCAUUUAUAAAUGAUAAAUCUGGUUUUGGAUAGAGAGAUUAUAGUGAGAAACAAUCAUAAUUUUAAAAAAAGAGUAAAUAUAUUACAUAUCUAUGAGAAUUGAUCAUAAAUAGUUAUUCAUAAUAGAGUAGACAAUAAUAAAACAAUGUUCAAUUAAAAUACAAUUCAUUUUUAGACUCAAAAUUGAAAUUAAACAAAUCUAAAGAGAUGAAUAGAGUACCAAUGAGAUCACGUAAAGAAAUGUGGCAUAAUUAUGUAAGUAAAUAUGUUACAUAAACAUAAAAGGUUAAUCCUGAAGCAUCAGUUCCUGAGAGAAGAGUUUAAAGUUAAAUUAAUAUAUUAAAGACAGAGGAUUCCUAUAAUAAAAAUAGAUCUACAGCUUCGUUAUGUAGUCUUGAACCUUAAGAUACGCUGUAGUUUAAUCUAAAAUAUAUUUAUAAAACUAGAUAAGGUUAUAUAGCAAAUAAUCCAAACAAAGUUAAUUAGGAUAUUUUUUAUUGUUAAACUAAUCUUAUUGAAAAUAUACAUUUAUUUUUUGUUUGUGAUGGACAUGGAUAAAAUGGUCAGUUUGUGUCAAAUUUUAUAUAAACUAAUUUACCUAAUAAUAUUAGAAAAGAUAAGAUUUAAUUAUAGUCUUCUUAAAUUAAAGAAGUACUCCAAAGAUCUAUUUAAAAUAUAUCUAAUAAUGUUAAUAAAUAAGCUUUUGAUACUAAUUUUAGUGGUUCUACAUUGAAUGGUAUAAUAUUAUAAGACAAUGGGAAAAUGUAUUCAUUUAAUGUAGGAGAUAGUAGAACAGUGAUUGGUAAAUUUAAUGGUUAUGGAUAAAAGUUUAAAUCCUAUUAAUUAUCAGUUGAUCAUAAAUUAACAAUAAAAAAGGAAUAAUAAAGAAUAAUCUAAUCAGGAGGAAGGAUUGAUACAUUUUAUGAUUAGAAUGGUAAAUAAUUGAUUUCAAUCAGGUAAUCCUAUUGGUCCAAUGAGAGUUUGGGUAAAUGGAACUUAAUAUCCAGGUUUAGCAAUGAGUAGAAGUAUAGGUGAUUAAGUAGCUUAAUCUGUUGGAGUAAGUAGUAUUCCAGAUAUUGUUGAAUAUUAAUUGGCAUAUAAUGAUAAAUUUAUUGUAAUUGCCUCAGAUGGAAUAUGGGAGUUUUUAGAUAAUUAAAUUAUUGUUGAUAUUGUAGCCAAAUAUUACUAAGAAAAUAAUAUAGAAGGAGCAAGUGAAGAAUUAUUAAGAGUAGCUUAUCGAAUGUGGACAAUAGAUGAUGAAUCAGUUGUUGAUGAUAUCACUUUUAUAUUAAUAUUUAUUUAGAAUUAAUGA